GUCAUGGUAAUUUUUAACAAGUCUUCAUUUUCCAAGCCACUUCGACUUCUAUAAAUUCAACACCAAGCCUCUUUCUCUUAAUAUCUCUCCCAUUCAUUCAACACCAAGCCUCUUUCUCUCAAUAUCUCUCCCAUUUAUUCAUUCAAUCAUUCUCUCCCAAAAAUGGAACAUUUGAUCCCUUUGGUGAUCACUAACCUUUCUGCAACAGAACUAAAAGACGGCAGGCUCUUCGGCAGGAUGAAAGUCUACGCCAGUGUCUCCAUCUCCGGUGGCCCUCCAACGGGCUAUAACUCGGUGUUCAGAACCCAUGUCGAUAUGGAAGGAAACAACAAUCCCAGAUGGAACACUGUCAUGGAUUUCAGACUCCAUGGCCCAUCUCUCCGAAACAACCUCCUCCUUCUCAAUUUCAACCUCUAUUGCCGUGACACCUUGGAUGAGAGAUUCAUCGGCGGAGUCAGAGUCCCCAUCAAUCCCCUCCUCGCCGUGAUAUCGGGUAAUAGGACCGCUUCUCAGCCGGUCCGGUAUCCAGUUACGACGUCUUCUGGGGAUGUGCAUGGCUUUAUAAACUUCUGUUUCGGAUAUGGGAACUCAAUUCGUCCAUCGGGAUCGCAACAACCGGCUCCGCAGUCGCGGCAACCACGACCACCACAUGUAGCGCGGGAGGCCCAACAACCGGCUCCACAGAGGCACCCACCACCACCACCACAAGCCUAUCAGUAUGAUUAUGGUGAUCAGGCCAAUCAGUAUGAUUAUGAUGAUCAGGCCAAUCAGUAUGAUUAUGAUUAUGAUGAUCAGGCCAAUGCGUUUGAUGAUGUGAGUGACUACUACUAAUGCUGAUUAGUUAUCAAGAUUAUGGUUUUUCUUGUGGUAUGGUGGGGUGGGGCUGGCUAACCAUUCAUAAUAAGUAUUUUUCAUUGAGUUUGCUUUUGCUUUUUGAUAGAUGUAUUGUCUAUGGUAUGUAACUACUAGUGU